GCCUCACAAUGGAUCGGUGGUCAACCCCAGCCAACAUCUGAAAAUGAACUGAACGGUACGCUCGUAUGGCAACCGGAUGCCGGUCGCGUUGUUGAGACUAUUGUGGCAGCAUCUACGGAUAAAAUUAUCAACGCGAUCAUUGAUUCACUUCAGUUACGCGAUGAUAGUAGUAGUAACGGUAGUAAUAAUAAUAGUAAUGACGAGAAUAAUUACCUGGAUUACCUGGAUUGGCCAAACUAUCAAACGUUUGUAACGUUGCUGGCCAUAAUGCUCGCGUUUUCGUGCAUAUUGUACAUUGCACAUUGCAAUGACGAGAAUAAUGAAGAAUGUAGUUAUGAUAGUAACGAUGGCAACAACAGUGGCAAUGUUGGUGAUAUGAUAGCGGUAAAAGUGAUGAUAAUAAAAAUACGUGAUUAA